CGUGACUUAAAUCCCGCGGGCGUAGAUUGAUGCGAGCUGUGGCUGUAGUCUGCAUACUGCAGCGGUAGGAGGUCUAAGAGGUGAUAGAGGCAGGAACCGGGCUUGCCGUAUGAGAGCAUAGGGCACUAGUGGGGAAGGAGUCCAGACUCAAGGACUGACUGGCUGUGCCACCAGGGCUCUUUAUUGUCCUGGAAAAGGCCUGAAGUGGGACAGAAGUGAAGGUGGAUGAGAUGACCUGUGAGGAAGGUUAUAGUAUUUCCAUUUUGUAAAUGAGGAAACAAAUUCAGAAAGGUUAAAUGACUUACCUAAGAUACCAUGUGCUGUAAGUGGCAUAGCCAGUAUUUGAACUUAGAUACUCAGUUUUACCUGGUUCCUGUAUGUUGUCAUCUCGUGUACGCCUGGUCCCCACGACAGUCCGGCUCGUUCAUUCCAUGAUCUGCAAUUCUUCCUCUUCCUUCAUGGAUCUGAAGGCUCUCCUUUCCUCCUUGAAUGAUUUUGCAUCCCUGUCAUUUGCUGAGAGUUGGGACAAUGUUGGAUUACUAGUGGAACCAAGUCCACCACAUCCUGUAAACACACUCUUUCUGACCAAUGACUUGACCGAGGAAGUGAUGCAGGAGGCACUGCGGAAGAAGGCUGAUCUCAUUCUUUCCUACCAUCCGCCUAUUUUCCAACCUAUGAAGUGCAUAACCUGGAAAACCUGGAAGGAGCGCCUGGUGAUUCGGGCUCUGGAGAACAGAGUGGCUAUUUACUCACCUCACACAGCCUAUGACGCUGCACCCCAGGGAGUCAACAGCUGGUUGGCUAAAGGGCUUGGAGUUUGCACCUCCAGGCCCAUACAUCCUUCCAAAGCACCUAACUACCCCACGGAGGGAACACACCGAGUAGAAUUUAAUGUUAACCACACCCAAGACCUGGAUGAAGUCAUUUCUACAGUGAAAGGAAUUUCAGAUGUUUCGGUCACUUCUUUUUCUGCUAGGACUGAUGAUGAAGAACAAACACGGAUCAGUCUGAAUUGUAGUCAGCAAGCAUUGAUUCAGGUGGUGGCUUUUCUUUCCCAGAACAGACAACUGUAUCAGAAGACUGAAAUUCUGUCACUGGAGAAGCCUCUGCUUCUACAUACUGGAAUGGGACGGCUAUGCACAUUGGAUGAACCUGUCUCCUUGGCAACCAUGAUUGAGCGAAUCAAAAGGCACCUAAAACUAUCUCAUGUUCGUCUUGCUCUUGGGGUAGGGAGGACCUUAGAGUCCCAAGUCAAAGCUGUGGCCUUGUGCGCUGGUUCUGGGAGCAGUGUGCUGCGGGGGGCAGAGGCUGACCUUUACCUCACAGGUGAGAUGUCCCAUCAUGAUGUUCUGGAUGCUGCUUCCCAAGGAAUAAAUGUCAUCCUCUGUGAACAUACCAAUACUGAACGAGGCUUUCUUUCUGAUCUUCGAGAUAUGCUGGGUGCUCACUUGGAGAAUAAGAUUAAUAUUAUCUUGUCAGAGACAGACAGGGACCCUCUUCAUGUGGUAUAAUGCAUACAGGAACAAGAGGAUGAGUCUUCAAAUCAUUUCGCUCCUAACUCGAAUGUAUAACAUGAAUCGGUGAAGUUGGUUUCCUUCUGGAAGAAUGUCUUAGAAUGUACAUUAUGUUUGUUAAUCUGCUUCACCAAAUGUUCUGUAGCUUAUAGAGUAAAAACUGUAAUGUAUUGAUUAUUAACGAAAUAUUCAUUAUAAAGAACAAAUUAUAAACUUUAGGCAAGAUUGACUAAAAUCUGUU